AGUGCUUAGUAUUUAGUAAGGUAUUAGAAGAAAUGGAGAGCGAAUGAGAAAGCAGGAAAGUGGCAACAUUCCUUUGGGCGCGGAUCAGGUCAGGGGACCUCGCAAACAAUGCAAACACGCAGAGGCCUUUCUUGCGACUAUCUGGCUCAGUUGUUCGCCAUUUGCAAUCAUAGACUUACAAAUUCGGGGUAUUUGCUGCCCUCAAAAGCAGUCGUAUUGUUUCUAUUUCUUUCUUUAAAGAGCCCUUUCAGUUAGACAACUAAAAGUCAAAAGACCUUCCUCCCUAUAAAAUACCACUUCUUCCCCCCUACCCAUCAAUAUAUAUUCAACCAGCAAACUCGAAUGAGGGGUAAUAUAUAGUACCCCGCAGACCAGCCGAAUUAUCCACACCGACAAAGAUCAUCAGCCAAAAGACCAUACCAAAACUCACCCCAAAUAUAAGUUACGCUAUGGUGUCUAGCGAGAGAGCCGAGCACCAUGUCCUUUCAUCCGAAAAGGGCUGGCGCGAAAACUUCCCCGACGGCGACCUCUGGGUGUUCGGCUACGGGAGCUUAAUUUGGAAGCCUCCGCCGCAUUUUGAUCAGCGUGUUCCGGGUUAUAUCAAUGGCUAUGUCCGACGGUUUUGGCAGGAUAGUAACGACCACCGCGGCACGAAAGAGAAACCCGGACGGGUAUUAACAGUCAUUGACCGGGAGUUCUGGGAAACUCUUGAUGAUCCGCUAGCACACCAUGAAACCUCCGCAACAGCUACAGUUUGGGGUGUAGCGUACCACAUCCCUGCCAGCCACGCCAAUGAAGUCCGACAAUAUCUUGACAUCCGGGAAAUCAACGGCUACUCUGACCACUACACGCCGUUCCACCCGGUCCUGACACCCCAGGGAGCUAGAUCUACUGACACCUCGGACUAUCCCACCACCCCCAUCACCUGCAUGGUUUACAUCGGCCAGCCCAGCAACCCGCAAUUUCUACGUGACCCGGCACAGCGUGAACAACAGGCGGUGGCCGAGGUGAUCAGUCGCAGCGAGGGCAAGAGUGGGAAGAACGCGGAAUACCUGUUCAUGUUGGAGAAGGCACUCGAGGGGCUUGGGUUCGGGAAUGCUGAGAUGCAUGUCACCGAUCUAGUGAAACGGGUUAAAGCGCUUCAGAACGAGGAAGAGGUGCGUAGGGAAGAGGAGCAGGCUGAACGGGACUUGGAAGAGUCGCUGCAUCCAUCGGCGCGGGAAGCACACGAACGGUUCCCGCCUGUUGAGUAGACAUGUCUGAAUAAGAAUAUAGAGAGAUAGAGAUGAUGAGAUUGGGAUAGAUCAUGACUUGGACCUAGAUUAAUUCCAAAUUCACGAUAGAGCAC